AUGAGUGAAGAAGCGAUUUUUUUCAGACAAGCUGCAGAGGCCAUAGUAGCGACAUCAUUAAAUGCGGCUGAUCUGGAUCCCACGAUCAAAGAACUGUUGAGUCGUAUUAAAUACGUAAAUCCUAACUUACAGGGGAACCGGAGAUUUCAAGAUCCGGAACACGCAGUUUCAGAAAGAACGAGUACCACGAACGACAGAACACCAGUGAAUUCUGGACAUUCUAGUACAAGUACCCGUGAGAAUACAGGAGGGUUGAUGGAAGACACAAAUAACCAAUUAUUAGAGUAUUUCGGAGGGCAGCUAAAUUCGACUAUAUCUGGUGUCAACUCCGAGCCGUUUGUCGGGGCAGUUAAUGUAGGAAAUGAAUCUGAAUUUGGAUCGAAACCGAAAAAGCACAGUAAAAAUGACAAGACAAAUCCUGUACAGGGUCAUGAAAACGCUACUGAUGAGAAAAAGUAUCCCUGUGCUAAAUGUAACCUCAUUUUUCGUCGGUCAUCAGAUCUGCGAAGACAUGAAAGAACACAUUUGCCAGUUUUACCUAAUAUAUGUUCACAGUGUGGUAAAGGAUUCGCGAGAAAGGAUGCACUUAAAAGACAUUUUAAUACGUUAACCUGUAAACGUAAUAGAAAUAAACUUUUGAGUAUCGGAGGUGAUAUAAAUGAAAUUUUAGAGCGGGCUAGACAAACAGGAACAGGUGUAUAG